AUGGUCAAGCUCGAGGAAGUCGUCGACGAGGAGUUUGUUCGCGAGCAGAGCGGCCCUCACGAUGACGACGACUGGGACACAGACUCUGAGUCAGACACAUCCUCCAUCGUCUCGGCCCCUCCGGACGAAAACUUCUUCGAGCGCCUCUCCGCCCUGCAAGACAUGAUCCCCGCGUCGACACGGCGCUCCGUAAACUCCAAAGUCGCUACCGUCUCGUCGUGGUUCAAGUCGGGCCUGGCCAUGGGCGGCAAGACGCUCUGGGUCGUGAGCACCAGCGCGCUGCUGCUGGGCGUGCCGUGGGCGCUGGCGUACAGCGAGGAGCAGAUGAUUGUCGAGCAGGAGAGGCAGGAGAUUAUGAACCAGCGGGCGCAGAAUGAGUUCAUGGCGCCGGGUACACCGACACCGGGACAGCCGCAGGGCGCGAAGCCUGCGUUGUAG